GAAGCGACUUCUAACCGCCUCCCAUAUACUUCCCAGUCACUUGAUUGCAGGCUUUUGGCCGAAUUGACUCCAAGCGUUCUCCAGUUAAUGAAUGAACGGCUCCUUCUUGGGCAGAGCUUCCGUUCUAGUGAAGUUCUUUCCAUUUUUUGCGACAUGUGUGAAGCUGUAGCGAGAUUACAUCAUUCCGUGUCUCCGAUUAUUCAUCGAGAUCUAAAAAUCGAAAACAUCCUUAUCGAUGAGCGAAAUCGUGCGGGACCCCCGAUUUAUGUGCUAUGUGAUUUCGGAAGUUCUACAACAAAGGUGCUGUCAAGCAGCCAAUAUCCCAUCAGUUUUCUUCAAAACGAGGUGGAGAAGUACACAACUCUCAGUUACAGGUCGCCAGAAAUGAUUGAUCUGUAUAGUGGAAAGCCAAUUGGGACAAAGGCUGAUAUUUGGGCUAUGGGAAUUAUGCUCUACAAACUAUGUUACUUUUCUUUGCCAUUUGGUGAAUCUGCAAUGGCUAUUCAAAACGGAGCGUUCUCCUUUCCGAAUGAACCGCAACAUUCGGAUUCUCUGAAGGCCCUAAUAAGUAAUAUUAUUUUAGCAGAAUGCGCUGGUUCGGCUUUAGAGGCGUCCUCAUCUCCAGUCACGUCGUUUGCAUUGAAGGACGGGAGCGCGGCACCAACUUAUCAAACUCAUCGCAGAAACACAAGCGAUACCUCGCAUAUCAUCCGAAGUACAUGGAAUCCCUUCCUAGCCGCACCUUUCCGCAGCAACCAAACAAUGGAUGAUAGCCACUUUGGAAAAUGUUUUGAUGAGUUGCCCCGAAAACUUGGAAAAGAAUUAGGUGGGCAAAGUUUGACGAUACUGGUUGAUUUUUUGCUUGUGAAACAAGCUUUAACCUUGAAUAUGAACUGA